CCGUGGGCCUCUUACAACGGCGGAGGUGGCUGCUCUGACUAUACCGCAGCAGGGCCACCAUGAAUGCGCUUCAGCAAGCCAUCAAUCGUGUGUGCCUUGAGUCAGUGUGUAUAGCGCGUUCGAGAUGUGGAAGUCUUCGGUGUCACCGCUCCUGUGCACGAGCGGGUGUCUCGCGAGUAUAAAGACAGUAUGCUCUGAGGACUUUAUGCAGCACUUCCAACAAGACUCUCAUCGUUCACCUAGGAGGUCAAUCUCGUCAUGAUGCGCAGUCUUACCAUCGCUACCCUGGCUGGGCUCAGCAGUGUUGUCUCUUCUCAGGUCAUCGAUCUAGCCUAUGUAAACGCACAGCCUGAUCCUACUUACACGAUCGUCCCCGAUCAACGCGCUCAAACAGUCACAUACAACCAAGAUUCAGCUAUCGCUUCCGUAGUUGCAGUUGCUCUUCAGACCCCUGUUCCCGACCCUGGCGAGGGCGCUCUUCAUAGCCGCAAUGUCUUCGGCAAGCGUGCCGGGCCUUGCGAGGAUCUCCAAAACAAUGCUAACACCUACAACGCGAAGCUCGACCCCGCCGAAGCUUUCUUGGCGGACGAAACCCUCCAAAAACAGGCCAAGGAUGCCAAACUACCAGCUGGCUACACUCAGGUCUACUCUAACCUGCAAAAGGCCGCUUCUGCCAAUGGCUACAUGGGUUACACUAUCAUGCCAAGCUACAACGUCCAAACGUGUGCGGACAAGUGCUCCAGCACUCUUGGGUGCCAGGGUUUUAACACAUACUUUGAGCGAAGCCCUAGCAAAGCACCAGCGGCCGGCUGUCAGGAUCCUCCGGGUAGCGCCAACCCGUUCUGUGUGCUCUGGGGUGGUCCGGUAUCAAAGGACAACGCCCUCAACGAGGGUCAGUGGCGCGAAAAGUACCAUGUUGUCAUCACAGCAUCAAACGGCUACGUCCUUACAACCUCGAUCAAUCCUCUGUCCGGCAAGGCCAUCAACGCGCCCCUUGACUGUAACAAGAACGACGCUUACAUGGGUAUGCGCCUCCUUACCGAUAACGCUCCAUUCGAUCCGCAAAGAUGCGCCGCCAUCUGCGAAGCCACGACCCAGUACAACAUCGAUCAUCCUGAAGCCGGCAAGGCGCCCCGUCUAUGCAAGUUCUACAACACUUACAUCCUGAACAAGAACUACAUCUCGCAGGGUCAAGCAUGCUCCAUGUACACCCAAUACUGGGACCCCAACACGUACGCUACCAACGACGGUCAGUGGGACGGACAGGGCAAUCAUUACACCAUCUCUUCGAGCACAUUCUUCUCGAACAAGACCGAUAUCGUGACACCUGUUUGCCCCGCAGAUGUUGACAAGCUCAAGACAAACUCGGACGCGACGUCCUUUUGCGCUUCGUACAUUUCCUACGUUGCACCUACCACAUCCACUGUCACUGUAGGCGGCGGUGCAACCACCGUCGAAGCUUGUGGGCAGCCUACUGGACGCAUCAGCAAACGUGACGACAGCGAUCCCGCAUUGAUCGAGGCUGUUGUUGGUGUCUUCCCUAGCAAGGUCGAUAACACCGCUGUCACCGGCACUGAGCCUGCCCUUGCGACCAUUCCCGCUCAGGAUGCUACCGAUGCCGAGGCUCUUGCUUCAGCCACCUCGGCUGCCAUCGCGCAACUAGAGGCCACUGCAGGUGCCGCUACCUCCGCCACACCCGCACCCUCAAGCACACAGGGAGAUGCAGCUUCCACCCCCUCAGCUACCGAUGCGUCGAAAACCCAAGGUACGCCUGCGGCCGCCACCAAUGCUGCAACAUCGUCAGCACCUGCUCGGAAGCGUGCGGCGUCCACGCCUGAUGUGCUUGCUGGCCGUAACCCAAUCGAGAUCUCUAGCGCCUGCUCACAGAUCGUCGGGAGCAGCACCCCCACCGUGACGGUCACCGCUGCUGCGUCCACUACCACAACAUACAGAAAGUGCAACAACUUCCCGGCUAAAUGUGCGGACAGCUCGCCUGCCAGGGCCUUCGCUGGGGACUUUAGUAGCUCCCCUGCCAGCAUCGAUGACAACGUGUACACCCUUGUACUGCCAUUCCAGGUUUGCAUCUACGAUACGUGCAGCACCAAGGUCAACCCCACUUCGAACGGCAUCAUUUCACUAGCGGAGUACCGCAACAUUGGCUAUUUGAACGACAAAGGUCUUCCCAAUUUCGGAGGCAAGGCAGUAUUGGCCGCUCUGUGGCAAGACAUGUACAUCUACCAGGACGAGGCUCAAUACAUGUCCUAUACCACAUGCGGUGACGUGGGCAAGCGCACAGUAACCUUUGACUGGCGAAUCAGCGCAUUCCAGGACGUGCCCCAGUCUUACCGGUUCUCUGCGACCUUCUACGAGGACAAGCCCGGCCGCAUCCUGCUCCGCUACUUUGAGCUCAGCGACAAGGGCACAGGAGCUACGAUCGGCAUCGAGGGCUCAAGAAAGGGGAAGACAACUUUCUCAACAUACUCGCAGAAGAAGGCCGUCGCGAACGGUCUUGCUAUUGUUUGGGAUCCUGUUUCGUUCUCUUGGAGCACUACCGCUUAGUUGCGACGUGUAUAGACGUUUCUCAACGC